GUCCAAAAUCUUUGAUUAUUACCAAAUAUUUGGGGAGUUUUUUAGCUUUAUCCAAACAGGACCCACAAAAACUCAGCAGCACUUUUGCUCUUUCCUCUUUUUCCACAGGACAAAGCUUCAAUCUUUCCAUGUUUCUCUCUCUAAAAUUUAUUCUCUUUCUCUCUCAUGAGUAGAGGUAGUUCCUUGUUUGGUAUUGCUGAUUUCUAUCUUCAAUUGGGAAAAAUAUUUUCAAAUUACAGCAUGUCGGUUAGUUUUUGAUUGAAUCGGAGGAGGAGACUUUGCUUGUUUCCAACGAGGAUACCAAACAAAGGUUUUUGGCUUUUAGGUCUGGCAAAAAGUUAAGGUAUUUGAUUUUUAGGGUAGCUUUUCUGGGUUUUUUUUUUAUCUCUUUAAAAAGUUUGUUUUCAUUUGGAUGCUAUUUCUGGCGAUUUUGAGUUCUGGGUAUAUCUAAUUUCUAGGUUUUGUGUUUAAUUUCACUUUAGUUGGGGAUUUUGUUAGUUUUUACUGUUAGAUUUGAGGGUUUUGAUUGAUAGGUUAUUUGUUUGGGGAUUUAAUGGGAUAGUUGGGUUUUGAUUGAUGGGUUGUUUGUUUGGUGAUUCAAAUUAGAGUGUUUUUGAUUGAGGGGUUGUUUGUUUGGUGAAUCAAUUGGAUAAUUGGGGUUUUUGAUUGAGGGGUUAAUUGGUGAUCCAGUGGGAUCAUUGGGGUUUUGAGCAAGAUAGUAAGUUGAAUUUUGAUAAAAUACAUAGAGAAGUGGGUGAAAGAAGAUGAAGAGAGGGAAAGAUGAUGAUAAAAUGAUGGGACCAAUGUUUCCAAGGUUACAUGUUAAUGAUACAGGGAAAGGAGGUCCAAGAGCACCUCCUAGGAAUAAGAUGGCUCUCUAUGAACAGCUUACAAUACCGUCCCAGCAGCGGUACAAUUCUGGUGCUCACCACAAUAGCAACAACUCUAUAGCUCCUUCUCCCUCAACAAUGCAGGGUACAGGCCAUGAACAAAGUAUGUAUUUCCCUCUAUAUCGACCACCCAUAACCUCAUCUUAUGACGAGGUUCAAGUAAGUCGUCCGGAAGUGGUGAAUGUGAGUAAUCGGAAGCAGCCGUUGGAAGAUGAUGAUUUUAUGGUUCCCAUUUUUUCUCAACCUGGAACGAAACUAUAUAGUGGCAAAAGUCAAAAUAGUAUGCACGAGGGAAGACACAAUCAUUUUGGUUCAAGUCAUUCAACAGCGCUUCCAAGCGCCGGUGAAAUAGAGACUGACCAGAGAAAUAGUGUAGAUCUCAUCUCAAAGCAACAAACAAAAAAUCUGGAUGGAAGAAGCUCAAGAGCAUGUGAUACUCCUACAAGAUACACAUCUGAUAUAUUGAUGAGGGAAAAGGAUUGGAGGAAAGAUGCUUGUGAACAGAGUGAAUAUCGAGAUAAAUACAGAGUGAUUAGUUUAGAGAAUACAGAUGGCAGCUUACGACAGGACCAUGAUGACAAUGUAUCUCCCGUAAAUGCUACAAAUGGUAUAGGUGUUACCCAACAGCCAUUGGACUACCCUAGAAAAGAAAUUACCUCGAGGCCGAGUCAUACUCCUCGUCAUUAUAGGGGUGAUAACGAGAUUGGCAGUGAAAUGCAAAGGGUAGAAGAAUAUCGGGCAUUGGAGAAAGAAGGCUUAGAUAAAGGGGAUGCUGUCUCUGAAACAUCCAUGGAGGAUACAUCUGAAUUGGACAUAUCUCCUGAUGAUGUUGUUCGCGUAAUAGGCCACAAACAUUUUUGGAAAGCUAGAACUGCUAUUUCCACUCAGCAAAGGUUGUUUGCUGUUCAAAUAUUCGAGUUGCACAGAUUGAUAAAGGUACAAAAACUUAUUGCAGAAUCCCCAGAUUUGCUACUAGAAGGUACUGCUUUUGUGGGUAAAGUUUCAUUGAAGGAUUCUUCUGUGAAAAAAUAUUCGUCAGAGUAUGCAGUAAAAGCUCUUACUCAUAAAAGUGCGUCAAAGGAUGAUUCCCGCAAGGAAACUGAUAAGAUGGAAGGUACAGCUGAGAAUGCAGUUGCUAAGUCACCUCCAGUCCAAUCUCAAAAUGCUAUCGCGUCUGCAGCCUAUCAUCAGCCUUCCUCUGUCAACACAAUUCCACCGGUCAAUAUGGAUCCGAAAAUGAAUCCUUGGAGCUUCCACCAAUCACCAGGUCCUCAUCAAUGGUUGGUCCCUGUAAUGACCCCUUCAGAAGGUCUUGUAUACAAACCAUAUCCUGCACCUGGUUUUACGGGGCCAAUUUGUGGGCCUGAAGGCCUGACACCUGUCAUGAAUCCUGCUUAUCCGCAUUAUCUACAAGGGAUGGGAAUGCCACCUGGCAUGCAUUUCGGUGGGCAGGGUUACUUUCCUCCGUAUGGCAUGCCCAUGAUGAGCCCAAGUGUAUCAGGGUCAACUGUGGAACAACUGAACCAGUUCUCAGGCCCAAACCCAAACCCAUAUAGUCAAACGGGUCAGCCUGUGGGGGCCAGUGCUAAUUUUGGCAGCAUUCAACAUCAGGGUUCAUUGAAUAUGGCUAGUCAAAAGAAUGAAGCUAUUGCACCAAGACCUCGCCCCCCAAAGGAACGCGAGGUGCAAGGAAGCACAGCAAGCAGCCCUAGUGAGAGAACACAGGAAACAGGUACAGUUCCUCUCAUGAAAGGAAGAGAUGCACUUCCUCUUUUCCCCGCAGCUCCAACGACCCAGAUCUCUGAGCCUGGGGAGGGCUCUCCAACUGAAAAGCCAACUAGAGUUAUCAGAGUCGUUCCACAUAAAUCUACUAGGGAAUCAGCAGCACGUAUUUUCCAGUCUAUACAAGAUGAAAGACGGCAGUAUGAGUUCAAUUAAACCCGGUGUUGAUGAAUACAAAUUCUCGGGGCUGAUUUAGUCUACAUAAUUUUGUUACUUAACUGUUCUCUUUGAUGACAAAUACUUUGUAUCAUGUAGAAAGCUUGUGUUAUAGGGUGACUGAUCUGUAGAUAUUGUAUUUCCCUGAGGUUAUGUACUAAUCCAUGUUAAGACUUAAGAUUGUCUCCUGGAAAUUCUGUUUUGAACUGGGUUGUCACACUAUAAUUUGUGUCUGAUACCUCUUAAUUAUAGUGAUGGUUAAACACAA